CUGCUGCCCUCCGGUUGUAGCUGAGAAGCAUCUAGAAUGACGUUGGGGAUUUAUUGCCCCAUCGAAUUCUGGUCCAAAGAAGCCAACCAGAGCAUACAAGUGGACUUCCUCCUUCCUACUGGGAUCUACCUGACCCUGCCCGUGUCCUGCAAUGUCACCUGGGGCACGAUCAAGCUGGUGGCCUGGCACCAUGCCCAAUAUGAGCCCCUCUUCCAAAUGCUCAGUGACCCGGAUUCCUACGUCUUCACAUGCAUCGACCAGAUGGUAGAGCAGCAGGAGCUGGAGGAUGAGCAGCGGCACCUCUGCGACAUCCAGCCCUUCCUGCCGGUCCUGCGGCUUGUGGCUCGCAAAGGCGAUCGGGCAAAGAAGCUGGUCAACUCCCAGAUCAGCCUCCUCAUCGGCAAAGGUUUGCAUGAGUUCGACUCAUUGAAAGACCCAGGAGUCAACGACUUCCGUGCCCAGAUGCUCCAGUUCUGCGAGGAGAGAGUAGCCAGGCGGCAGCAGCUGAACUGGAGGGCUUGGAUGGAGUACAGCUUCCCCCUGCAACUUGAACCCGUGGCCAAUGGCCUGCGGAGAAGCCCCUUCCUGUGCCCAGCAAGAACAUUUUUGUCAAUGUCAAAUUCGAGUCUGGAGGGGAAAGUUUCACCUUCCAGAUCUCACCGAAGGAUUUUCCCACGACACUCAUGA